ACGCGGUGCGGGAUUCUCCGUUAAUUCCCUUCCCGCCCGGACGGAAUUGGAAGAUCUUCUGGCUGAAGCUAACUGGUUUUUCACAAAUUUGAGCGCAUCUCCAGUUUAUCAUACCGAACCCAAAGGGAUUCAAGAUUUUGAUACGAACAAUAAUAUUUGGCUGAAGUAGCGAAGGGGAACCCCUGAUGAAGACCCCUCCAUCUGCUUUCUACAAAAACCCCGUCAAGUUCAGAAUCCCAACUGCUGAUAAUUUGGUACCCAUUCGACUGGAUAUCGAAAUUGAUGGCCAGAGAUACAAGGAUGCUUUCACUUGGAACCCUUCUGAUCCCGAUUCAGAGGUGGUGGUCUUUGCAAAAAGGACAGUUAAAGACUUAAAGUUGCCUCCAGCUUUUGUCACACAGAUUGCUCAAUCCAUUCAAUCCCAGCUGGCAGAAUUCCGAUCAUACGAAGGACAGGAUAUGUAUGCUGGAGAGAAGAUUGUUCCUAUCAAGCUUGAUCUUCGUGUAAAUCAUACUCUCAUAAAGGACCAGUUUCUAUGGGACUUGAACAACUUCGAGAGUGAUCCUGAAGAGUUUGCUAGAACCUUUUGCAAAGAUAUGGCUAUUGAAGACCCUGAGGUUGGACCUGCUAUUGCAUUUGCGAUCAGAGAGCAGCUUUAUGAGAUUGCAAUUCAAAGUGUAGUCUCAGCAAGAGAAAGCAGGAUGAACAAGAAGGGUCGUCGGGGAUUUGAAUAUACUCCAGUCAGUAAAGGAGGCACUACAGCAGUGGACUUGGUCAAGUUAUUUGGUCAGAAAUCUAGUGUUGUUCGGAAAAGAAAGGAGUGGGAUGUGUAUGAACCCAUUGUGGACCUUCUGUCCAAUGAGGAAGUUGAUGCUCUGGAAGCAAAGGAAGAAAGAAAUUUCAGGUGACAUGUUGCAGGGUUAGUCAUUCUUUAUUCUCAAAAGAAUAGAUUAAGAUGCACCAUUAAAAGCAAUGUAUAUGGCCUGUGCAGGCUAAGACCCUUGCUCCCCAUUGUUGUCUUUUUUCCUCCUAUCCUGUGGAAAGAACUCUUUAAGUCUCUUUCUGCCUCUCAUGUAAUAGUACAAAGUAUAUUGCUGUCUGUAUUAGUAUGUGAUUUCUAGAAGUUUAGGAGGCAUCCCCCCCCCCCAAAAAAAAAAAAAAAGAUAUAUACUCUUGCCAACUCAAGCACCUGCUGGAAAGUAACUUGAGGUUCGCUGAGACUCGUAACCUCAGCUUGUGAACUAGGGGCAUAAAAUAACAUGCGAUUGUCUGGUAAGUACUCAAGUUUUCAGAAAUCUUCAUCUACAUUUGAUGGAAA